CGCAACACCUGCUGCUUCCGCCGCCCGCAAUGAUCCGCGUGGUUUCACUGCUGCUGAGCGCCGCGCUGCUCUGCGGCCACGGAACCCUCGGCCGCCGGGUGGUGAGCGGCCAAAAGGUGUGUUUUGCUGACUUGAGGCAUCCGUGCUACAAAAUGGCUUACUUCCACGAGCUGUCCAGCCGCGUGAGCUUUCAGGAAGCCCGCCUGGCUUGUGAGACCGAGGGAGGCGUCCUCCUCAGCCUCGAGAAUGAGGCUGAACAGAAGUUGAUAGAGAGCAUGUUGCAAAACUUGACGAAACCUGGAACAGGAAUUUCUGAUGGUGAUUUCUGGAUUGGUCUUUGGAGAAAUGGAGAAGGGCAGAGCUCUGGUGCCUGCCCUGAUCUCUACCAGUGGUCUGAUGGAAGCAGUUCUCAGUACCGAAACUGGUACACAGAUGAACCUUCGUGUGGAAGUGAAAAGUGUGUUGUUAUGUAUCAUCAGCCAACCGCCAAUCCCGGUCUUGGGGGUCCAUACCUUUACCAGUGGAAUGAUGACAGGUGUAACAUGAAGCACAAUUACAUCUGCAAGUACGAGCCAGAGAUUAUCCCAACAGAACCUGUAGAAAAGCCUUAUCUUACGAAUCAACCAGGAGACACCCAGGAAAAUGUGGUUGUUACUGAAGCAGGCAUAAUUCCCAAUCUUAUUUAUGUUGUUAUACCAACAAUACCCCUGCUCUUACUGAUACUAGUUGCUUUUGGAACCUGCUGUUUCCAGAUGCUGCACAGAAGUAAAGGAAGAACAAAAACUAGCCCAAACCAAUCCACACUAUGGAUUUCGAAAAGUACCAGAAAGGAAAGUGGCAUGGAAGUAUAAGGACUUGUUGAUUGGACUCCAGAAAAGAGUUUUGUAAUUCUGGAUCCAUAUAAGGAAUGGCAUCAGAACAUUAGCUUGGAAUGGCUUGAACUCUCAAAGGAAAUGCAAGAUGAAGUGUAAGCUCCCCCUUGAGGCAAAUAUUGAAAUAAUUUUAUAUGUUUGUUAUUUCAUUUACAAAGAUGUGCUGUGCUGAUAUGCGCUGUGCUCAUAAUGGAGUGAGAUAAGCUUAUUUUGCUAAAGGAUGCAACAAACUUCACGUAAAUGGAAUGGACCACCCUACUAAAGUUGCUGUCAACACUUAGGAGUGUGUUGGAAGCAAUUAUUUUUAUUUUUUCAACUUUCACAGGUUGUAAUCUAGUUGAUGUAAAGAAAAUUGUAUUGAAAUUUACACUGUGCAAAAUAUUUUACCUUUGCAUAAGCAUUUGAUAACAUGAACUGUUCUUAUA